AUGCAGCCACCUCAACAAGGGAAUGGUCAUCGUCAUGCAAACUUCGGCAUCCACUUCUCCUUGAACAACAACCUGAGAGCUACAAGAGAGCGAGGGGGUUGGCGGCUGUUGGUCGUGGCUGUCGUCGUUUAUAGCCUCCAUCGGCUUGCUGUCUACCAAGGGCUCUUGCCCAUCUCGUCCAAGGGCGACAAUGCUGUCAUGGCAAGAGAAAGGUUGCAUGGAGUGCAUGAAUGGAGUCCGCAGGACGUUGCUGAUUUCCUCGCCGACCUUGGGAAGGAUCCUGAAGAGAAGAAAGGGAUGAAAGGCGCAGCGGAGAGAGCCAUUCUGAACGGCAUUGACGGCAACCUUUUGCUGCAUCAUGUCGCCAACAGCCCGGAGGAGUACUAUGAAAUGCUAGGGCUCGAUGGCAAGGAGGAGGGUGCAGCACGAGGACUGUUUGCUGCGGCGGUGAGGGAUCUGAGAACGCUGGCUCGAAAGCAUCCCAGAGAUUUCUGGGAGUUCAGGAGCAGCCACCGUGAGAUGGUCUAUCUCAUGGAGAAAGCGAUCCUCGAACAGCCGAGGACUCUGAUGAUCUGGUUGUACUUGUACCAGCAAGAAGAUGCCCUGGAAAGAUUGUUUGCAUCCAACGACUCUCUGUUCUCGCAUGUGUGCUUCUGGGUUAUGUUGUACAUGUUGCCGAACGUGCUUUUGAUGAGAGAGGCGCUGGGUUUCUGGGACGAUCAUCGUUAUCUGGUAGCUGCAGUAAACGAGUAUCUACUUGUACGAGCUAGGAUUCAGAGGGCCAGGCAGCAGAUCAACGGGAAUUUCAUCAUCACAUGGUUGUGCAAAGCUCUUUGGAAUGAUCUGUGGGCGGAGACAGUUUCCCAGAUCCUCGCAGCCGCGAUGCUGUGGUAUGUGAAUGCGUCGAUAUGGAGGAUGGUUCCAUGGGUCCUGUGCGACUUGGACCUUUACUACCACAUGACAUUGCUUCCUUUCUCAAGGACUUACAGGUUUCUGCGCUGGUUCUUCCGUGGUGGGAACGAGGACCCGCCAAUGAACCAUCUGCACUUCGCCAUGAACCCCUUCGUGUUUGGGUGGCAUGGCGAGGCCCGCGGGGGAGGGCAAGGAAGCAGUCUCCAUGAAGGACCGCCAAGGCCGAUGCACUGGCCUCCUCCAAUUGAUGUUCCUGUUGACAUCUUUGAGCGCGUUGUCAGUGUUCCGGAUUCCUUCAUCUGUAAGAUCACUCAUGACAUCAUGCGGGAGCCUACGAUGCAACGGCAAGAGCUGGACCUCGAAGAAAUCAAACUCAAACUGAUGACAGGUGAAGAUCCCAUGACCAAGAAACCAUUCAAGAUGGAGGACCUGGCACCGAACCUCGCCCUCCGAGACAUGAUCGAGGGAUGGAUCGAAGAGCACAGAUCGGACAGAUCUGCUCAUGCUCACGUUGAGUAA